CAUAGGAGUUAGAAAAAGGCACGUGCCAUUUCAGAGAAAAACUAAGACGGUGUUGUUUUUGUAGUCUAAUCUAUCUUUGUACGGACAAUUCUACCCUCUCUCUCACUUCCAAACUAACUCAUUCUCUACACAAACAAUCAAACUCGCCUUAAUCAUCGUACAUGUGUGGAUCAAACUGAUCAUCGGUUAAGAUACCCCCCACAUUGCCGACUCACUUACUGAACCUGGCCUAAUCCAGAAAAACUUGACAGAUAAAUCAUUUUCUCUCUCCCCCCCCCCAAAACCCAAAAGUCAGAACUCAGGUAGAGAAAAAGAGAAUCAGCUCAGACUUCGAUCAUCACCUUUAGGAUUUCUAAAUUUCAUAAUCAGAUUCUUAGUUAUUCGAAACCCUAAUAUUCAGAUCAGGACCAAAUCACGUGUGCCCCCUCCUUAGAUCAGAUCAGUAUAACGAGUUUCCCUUUUGCUAAAAUUCCGAUAUGAGUUCGUGGCUUAUGCUUGUAACUGCUGAAAUCUAUGGUGACCGGUUAGUGUUUGCAGAAAAUGAUUUUGCUUGAAAGGUAGGAAGUUCCGAACUGAAUUGAUCUAGUAUACGAAAUAUCUGAUCAAGAUUUGACCUUGCAAUGUAGGUUUUCAGUGCGUUGAACUCGUUCGACCUUUCCGUCAGCUAAGUUUCAUGUCUGAUCUUGACAUCCAAAUUCCUACUGCCUUUGAUCCGUUUGCUGAUGCAAAUGCUGAGGACUCUGGUGCUGGUACCAAGGAGUACGUGCACAUUCGUAUCCAACAACGGAAUGGUAGGAAAAGCUUGACUACUGUCCAAGGGUUGAAGAAAGAAUUUAGCUAUAACAAAAUUCUCAAGGACCUCAAGGAGUUCUGUUGCAAUGGCACUGUUGUCCAGGACCCUGAGUUAGGGCAGGUUAUUCAACUUCAAGGUGAUCAAAGGAAUAACGUCUCCACUUUUCUUGUUCAGGCUGGUAUUGUGAAGGACAACAUCAAAAUCCAUGGUUUUUAAGUUGCAGGUUCCUAGUUUUCUGGGAAUCUAGCCUCUACGUUUAAUAGCUGAAAAUCCUACCCACUGAUGAACUUGUUUUGCUAUAAGUAUCCCCAUGUUGAUUUGAUUGAUGUAUUGUUCUACUCUUGGCCUAUGUGAUGUUGAAUGCCAAUGGAACUAUUAUCCUC